AGAAGAAGGGGGAAAAAAAAAAAAAGGGCAAACCAAACCCACACAAAACAUGUGCGGAAGGACUUCCACUCCCUGGCUGUGCUGUUGAGGAUCAGGAAGAGCCUUUGGGGGCUGCAGGGUCUCGCCAGGCUGAUGCUGCUGCUCAAGGAUUUGGUGCAGGGAGACAAAACUGCUGCCUCUUCCAUCCGCUGAUCUCAACAUCUGCAUUUUCCUGCUGCUGUGCUCCCUCUCACACCCUCUCUCCAUGGACUGAUUUUUUUAUUUUUUUCCCUUUUUGCGGGGUGGGGGGGGAGGGAAGGACGAGCAGCAAGCCAAGGCAUCGUGCUGAGAGGAGCGAAAAUUGCCUUUAUAUAUCUCGUGUUCGGGUGGAUCUCUUUCGAGGUUAUUCAGCUUUUUGGAAAAGAAAACAUGACGUCGCCAGCAAAAUUCAAAAAGGAUAAGGAGAUCAUAGCUGAAUAUGACACUCAAGUUAAAGAGAUCCGUGCCCAGUUGGUAGAGCAGCUGAAAUGCCUUGACCAGCAGUGUGAGCUUCGGGUCCAGUUACUGCAGGACUUGCAGGAUUUCUUCCGCAAGAAGGCAGAGAUUGAGAUGGAUUACUCCAGGAAUUUGGAGAAGUUGGCUGAGAGAUUCCUGGCUAAAACCAGGAGCACCAAAGACCAGCAAUUCAAGAAGGAUCAGAACGUGCUGUCACCAGUGAACUGCUGGAACCUGCUGCUCAACCAGGUGAAGAGGGAGAGCAGGGACCACACCACCCUCAGUGACAUUUAUCUCAACAACAUCAUCCCACGCUUUGUCCAGGUCAGCGAGGACUCAGGACGCCUCUUCAAGAAGAGCAAGGAAGUGGGGCUGCAGCUCCAGGAGGACUUGAUGAAGGUUCUGAAUGAGCUCUACACGGUGAUGAAAACCUACCACAUGUACAACGCUGACAGCAUCAGUGCCCAGAGCAAGCUGAAGGAGGCCGAGAAGCAGGAGGAGAAGCAGAUUGGCAAGUCGGUGAGGCAGGAGGAGAAGCAGACCCCGCGCUCCCCCGACUCCAGCGCCAGCGUCAAGUUCGAGGAGAAGCACGUCCGGAGGAGCUCGGUGAAGAAAAUCGAGAAGAUGAAGGAGAAGCGCCAAGCAAAGUACACAGAGAACAGACUGAAGGCAAUCAAGGCCAGGAAUGAGUAUCUGCUGGCCCUGGAAGCCACCAAUGCCUCGGUGUUCAAGUACUACAUCCAUGACCUGUCUGAUCUCAUUGAUCAGUGCUGUGACCUGGGCUACCACGCCAGCCUGAACAGGGCGCUGAGGACGUUCCUGUCGGCCGAGCUGAACCUGGAGCAGUCCAAGCACGAGGGGCUGGAUGCCAUUGAGAACGCUGUGGAGAACCUGGAUGCCAACAGCGACAAGCAGAGGCUGAUGGAGAUGUACAACAACGUCUUCUGCCCCCCCAUGAAGUUUGAGUUCCAGCCACACAUGGGGGACAUGGAGUCCCAGCUCUGUGCCCAGCAGCCAGUGCAGAGUGAGCUGGUGCAGAGGUGUCAGCAGCUGCAGUCCCGCCUGUCCACGCUGAAGAUCGAAAAUGAAGAGGUGAAGAAGACGAUGGAGGCCACUCUGCAGACAAUCCAGGACAUUGUCACCAUCGAGGACUUUGAUGUGUCUGACUGCUUCCAGUACAGCAACUCCAUGGAGUCUGUGAAAUCCACGGUGUCCGAGACGUUCAUGAGCAAGCCCAGCAUUGCCAAGAGAAGGGCAAACCAGCAGGAGACUGAGCAGUUCUACUUCACAAAAAUGAAGGAAUACCUGGAAGGCAGGAACCUGAUCACCAAGCUCCAGGCCAAGCAUGACCUCCUGCAGAAGACCCUGGGAGAAAGUCAGAGGACGGACUGUGCCCUGGCCAGUGGCAGGCGCAGCUCCACGGUGAGGAAGCAGGAUUCCUCCCAGGCCAUUCCCCUGGUGGUGGAGAGCUGCAUCCGAUUCAUCAGCAGGCACGGCUUGCAGCACGAAGGAAUAUUCAGAGUGUCUGGCUCGCAGGUGGAAGUGAACGACAUCAAAAAUGCAUUUGAGAGAGGGGAAGAUCCCUUGGCUGGGGACCAGAAUGACCACGACAUGGAUUCCAUAGCAGGAGUCCUCAAGCUCUAUUUCCGAGGCUUGGAGCACCCCCUGUUCCCCAAGGACAUCUUCCAUGACCUGAUUGCCUGUGUCACCAUGGAUAAUUUGCAGGAGCGAGCGCUGCACGUCAGGAAGGUGCUGCUGAACCUGCCCAAGACCACCCUGAUUGUCAUGAGAUACCUCUUUGCAUUCCUCAAUCAUUUAUCUCAGUUCAGUGAAGAAAACAUGAUGGAUCCCUACAACCUGGCCAUCUGCUUUGGGCCCACGCUGAUGUCUGUGCCCGAGGGGCACGACCAGGUCUCCUGCCAGGCCCACGUCAAUGAAUUGAUCAAAACCAUCAUCAUCCAGCAUGAGAACAUCUUCCCGGGAGCCAGGGAGCUGGAGGGGCCAGUCUACAGCAGGGGUGGAAACACAGAGGAUUACUGUGAGAGCCCUCAUGGAGAGAGAGCCCUGGCAGAGGAUUCGGUGCAGGACGUCACAGCUGAGCACCACACCAGUGACGACGAGUGUGAGCCCAUCGAGGCCAUCGCCAGGUUUGACUACGUGGGCAGGAGUGCCCGGGAGCUGUCCUUCAAGAAGGGCGCGUCGCUGCUGCUGUACCAGCGCGCCUCGGACGACUGGUGGGAGGGGCGGCACAACGGCGUCGACGGGCUCAUCCCCCACCAGUACAUCGUGGUGCAGGACACUGAGGAUGGGAUGUCAGAAAGGUCCAGUCCGAAGUCAGAAAUAGAAAUAAAUUCUGAGCCACCGGAGGAGAAGGUGACAGCCAGAGCCGGUGCCAGCUGCCCGAGCGGGGGCCACGUCGCAGAUAUUUACCUUGCAAACAUCAACAAGAAUGAAUCUUCUGACCUAUGUGUGAACAGACUUGAGCAAAAUUAAAUCAGAUGGUUUCGCAAUGACAGUUGUGCCACCCACUGAAUUAUUAUUUGGAUGCCAAAAUCCUACUGGAGUUAACACUUUCUUGCAGUUAUUCAUGGGGCUGGUGCUUUAUAUAAAUGGAUCCUUCCCUGUAUAAUGGAUGCCAAGCUUCAGACCUAUGGCAUAAAGUGUUCUGCUGCAUUGGCCUUCCCAUGAUUUGAGUGGAAUCGUGCUGUCAGACCUCAUGGUGCUGGGGUAGAAACUAAAUUCUUUGGACCAGUUCAUCCAUUUGACAUCAUCCCUUUGGUUUAUCUGUGGCCCUGCAUAGAUAAAGCCUUGUGGUCCUGCCAAAGCCAUGAAAAAGAACCAUCUCUUACCACCAGCAAACAUUGGAAAUGAUCACUGACCCCAAACUGGGGGUCUUUGCUUGCUGAUCUCUGAAAAUAAUAACUUGAUGCCUUGGGCCAGGAGCUUAGUAGACUUAUACUGUGUCCUCCAGUCAAAGAUUGUAGCUCUGCUCUUGGAAUGUAAUAAAAACACAUCAUCAAAACCUGUUGAU